AUGCUUAGAUCCUUCGUUAGAAAAAUACAAAAGGGACUCACACAAACUGUUCAAAAAAGCCACUUGAAUGAAGAUGUUAGAGAAGGAUAUUUUGCAGUGGUUGCAAUCAAAGAUGGAGAAAUGAAAAGGUUUAUGAUUGGGUUAGAGUAUUUGAGUGAUCCUGCAUUUUUGGGAUUACUUGAUCAAGCUAGGGAAGAGUAUGGUUUUAGACAGCAAGGAAUUCUUGCAGUCCCUUGUGGGCCUCAAGAAUUACAAAACAUUCUAGAUAGCUUAAACCAGAAGAGCAUCAAAUGGUGCAGGAGUAAUUAG